UAGAAGAUGAAAUAUUUUUUUGUGAAUAAUGAAUUAAUGGAUUAAUUCGUAAUGGAUUUUAUUGCAUGUUUCCAAAAUAGAUAUUUUUUUGAAAAAAAAUAUUAAAAUAAUCUUCUAGAAAAGUAUAAUACGAGUCAGAGAAUUUUAUGUGUCACACUAAGAAAAAUUCCUUCUUAUCCAGUACAAAACGAAAAUGCAACAUAUGAAAUUCUACAUGGUAAAUCGUUGGCUUUUGGUAAGCAUUCCUUAAGAUGCAAAGUGAGGUGACGGUACUUCUAGUCUGACCGAUGGCGAAGGAACCUCUCGACCCACUCUAACAACCUUAACAGUAAUAUUAGUAACCCUUUCUGGUGGCUGGUCCAUUUUCUAUCUCUUUAGCACAACAGGUUGAGGGUCCACUGCAUGCUCUAACCGCACGCCAUGACGCACAAGCGGCCGCGCAAGUUCCACUGCGCGAGCUGCGACAAGAAGUUCGUCAGCAGCAACGACCUGCGCAAACAUGUGCGCACUCACACAGACGAGCGCCCGUACGUCUGCCACGACUGCGGCCAGGGUUUCCGGCAGGCCGGCUCUCUGAAGAACCACAUCGCGUGCAAGCACUCGCCGUGCAAAAACGCCUUCGUGUGCGACUACUGCAAGAAAGCGUUUCCGAUCAAGGACAGGCUCAAGCUGCAUCUGCGCACGCAUACGGGUGACAGGCCCUACGAGUGCACCGAAUGCGGGAAGCGGUUUGCGCGGGGUGGCCAGCUGAUCCAGCACAUGCGCACUCACACGGGCUCCAAGCCGUACAUCUGCCAUGUUUGUAAUUCUUCGUUCACGUGCUGCGCGAACUUGAAGCUCCACAUGAACCGGCACCUGGAGAUCCGCGACUUCGUCUGCGACAUUUGCGGCAAGCGGUUCUUCAGGCGAGACGCGCUGCGCAAGCACUUGAACUGCUACCACGGCAACAUCAAGGCCUUCCAUUGCCAUAUCUGCAACAAGGAGCUCAAGGGGCAUCUGCCGCAGCACAUGCGCAUUCACAGGCAGGACAAGCCGCACGGCUGCGCGCAUUGCGGCGCGCGGUUCACGCAGCGCUCGCAGCUCACCGUGCACCAGCGCACACACAGCGGGGAGAAGCCUUACCGCUGCCAGAUCUGCUGGAAGGCGUUCGCGCACAGCACCGCGCUUAGACUGCACACGCGCAGACACACGGGCGAAAAGCCAUUCGUCUGCGUCCUGUGCGAGGCCUCGUUCACACAACUGCCGCACCUCAAGAAGCACAUGCUGACGAUCCACAAGAGCAGCAAGCCGUACGUGUGCAAGCACUGCAAGUCCUUCCACCGAACGAAGACGGAUAUGGAGACGCAUUACGCGUUCUGCGAGGCUCUGCAAGACAAACCGAAAAAGGCGACCGCGGCCUCCGAUCUAGGCAUGCCCGUGGAGAAGAUGCGCUACCUGCUGGCGAUUCUCUUGAAGAAGAUCUCGUCGCCGGAUCGUUUGAGCGAGCUCGGCUUCAACAAGAGACUGAUCGACGACGUUCUAGUUAAUUCUAUCGAGAGUUCGGGCCGGGAACCCUGCAGGGAUUCGGAUUUGCCCGUGGCGGAGAAGCUCAAAAGGAACGUCAAGAUCCUGUUGGAGUGGACCGUUCCGAAAAUGUACAUGGAGAAGUUCGAGAAGGAACGCAGGUCCACCGAGGAGCUUCUGAAGGAGUUGACGUCCUAGAGGAUUGCGCAAAGAUAGUUUAUGAAAGUGGCCAUAUUGAGACGCUGGAUCAUACCAAAUAUAUCGAAAGUGUUCAGAAUAGUCUUUAUUUAAUUAUAUAGUAAUCUAAUUGUGUGCAUUUAGUUUGAAAAUUAAUUAAUUUACUCGAAAACUCAUGUCUGAUUACCAAAGAAUUCGUCACAAAAUUAUAUGUUAAGCGUUAUAUUAAGAGUUUAUUUAAUGUUGUUUGCUUUACUACGAUUUAUUUGCAAUUAAACGUGAUGUAAUCGAAAC